GUUGGAUAAGGUUAAUGUGUGGAACCACAACUGUAAGUGGUUAGAUAUCUUAUCUUGUCGACUCUUACACACCAGUCCAGUAUCUAUGGGAUUGCCAAGAACAAAAUAUCUGUAUGGUAAGUAGCAUCUGGAGACUCUGAUUUCAUCGUCCCAUAUCCUCGUGCAAUUUCUAGCUGCUGCGCUGCGAUGUUGCAUGCACUCAAUGGAAAUGGAGCAGAGUAAGCUUAAAGUUCGAAGCAUCACAUCAUUUCAUUGCUCGAUCUGAUCCGGCUAUUGAAAACACCUGGCCUAUAAGGACUUCAAUAUGUGAUCUCUUCGUCCAUCAUGUGCCAUCCGAACUUCCAAAGGUCCCUAGGUAAAAUAUCAGCAAGGAAAGGAUCAACAAUAUACUGAGCUGACUGCCAAUUCCUUUACGUGGAGCCUUUACAUGGAGUUUUGUGGCUGUGCAAGCGACUUACUGCUUUCCCAGGCAACCUCAUCCACAUCUCAUAACCACCUUUCAUACAACAUCACCUCAAACUUAUAUUUUUCUGGAUUGGACAACCUUCCUGGUGGUAAUAACCAGAAAUCUCUACGAGGUACCAUCAACCGACCGAAUUUCGUGGCUCGCUUUUGAGGACGAUAGAUCUACAUCAUGGGGAAAGAAACGCCUCAGCCCUACAAGGCUGAUGACCACAGAGUUGCAUUAGAAGCUAACAAUACUGCUUCUUCAUCAUCCAUGGCCUUCAUCAAUCAUAUGGACCAAGAAUACCCGGAGGAAGAUCUGCCAAGCUACGAGGAAACAUCUGCAUCGGCACCUCUUCUUUGCCAAACUGAUCAUUCACCUUCGAACAAUCCCCAGGCUGCCCAUGGUGCGAGUUGGUAUAUGUAGGUACCUCAUGUAAAACACGCUAUUUUCAGUAGGCUAACUUGGCUACAGCCCUCCACCCGACCUUCCUUUUUCUUCACACGAUUAUAGCUCAUCUGAUUUCUGGACGAGAUUCCCAAACUACUCUACAGACCCCAAUGCUCUUCAUCAAAUGAUACUGGAACAAGCUCAAUAUGCUCCAUCGUAUUAUGUAGAAUUAUCAGGGACUCAUAAAGAAACUGAGCGUCGGCACAAGAAAGAUUCAACAGAAACUAUUACGGAUUUUCACAUACGUCUGAAUCUAACACAUCUGCUCACAACCGGAAUAAGAACUGGUGGAAAGCUAGAGAUUUUGCCCGAUAGCCAGAAAGGAUAUCGUGGAGGAAUAUUCAAAUCCCUCGAGCCAUCCCUUUCUUGCUCUGAUAUAGAGUCAGGCUCGACUGGAGGUGAGUUACAAGCUUGGUGUCAUAAAUUCGUUUCCGAUCCAUCCAGCAUGAAAUGUUUUAUAUUCGAGCGCAAGAUUAUAAAUCAUGACAAAACUCAUCUGGAGUAUCUUUUACGACGUAUUGUUACAUCUACGAAUUACCGUGGUCAAGUCUAUGUAACUUUUCCAACUUCACACAAACGUGUCAUUGUGUAUUCGCCACAUAUGAUUAACGAAUGGCGAAUGACCACCUGGAUUCGUUGGUUUUUCUAUAUUACAUUCUUAUGGGUAGUUUCGUGGCCGGUCCUCAUUUUAAUUACGCGUCGCUAUGAGGUUGUCAAGGGCAUAUAUCAAUAUGCCGAUAGACCUGCGGAUGUAGGUAUCUCUACACGAAAAGCUACUGUGCAAAGCGAAGAUGAGUUUGUCAAUCAUUGGGAGGCCGCAUUGAGGUCUGCCAUAAUUGGACGAAUGGUCAAAAGAGAUUCUUGCCUGGAUGAAGAUUUUAGGGUACAGAUAUUGCAAGAGGAGGUUGCUAGAGGUCAAGCGGCUGCUCGUGUUCUACAGGGUACUGGCAACACUUUUGCAGAUGGGGCUGUUGGAGUUAUUGCAGCUGCAACGAAUUUGGUUGGCGAAUAUAACGAUGCAAGAGGCUGGGGUUACGAUUCUUAAAUACAACCAUAAGAGUAGUACGAUAGAGGGUACGAAAUAGGAAUCGAAUGAAGGUAUUAUACAGACGUCUCGAUUAUUUGUGCCUCAGCAACUGCAAAUAUACCAAUUUAUCAAGGCAUAAUGGAUGCUAUGUAGACUCUAUCCAUCUAAGGAAGAAGUUUUCCUUGUUUUGAAAUGACCUUGGGCAAUCAAUAUACCUAUUUGGAAUUUCAGACUCUUUUGACAGCGGG